AUGGUCAAGGACUUUUUCGAGAUGGGUUCUUUUGAUCCAAGACUAAACGAGACAAAUAUCUGCAUGAUCCCCAAGAACGAGAAGCCUAGAGAAAUGGGGGAGUUCAGACCUAUUAGCUUAUGCAAUGUAAGCUACAAGAUUAUCUCGAAAGUCCUCUCUAACAGAUUGCGGAAAGCCCUCCCGAAGCUGAUUUCGGAGACCCAAUUAGCCUUUGUGGCUAGACUCUCUUAUAAAGUGAUCAUCAAUGGGGAAGCAAAAGGAAAUAUAAUCCCUACAAGAGGAUUACGCCAAGGUGACCCGCUUUCUCCAUUUUUGUUCAUCUUAUGUACAGAGGCUCUGAUAGUUCAACUUCAUGGUGCAGAGGUCGAAGCUUCGGGACAACAACUGAACAAGCAAAAGUUGGCUAUUCUUAUUGGCAAUAAAGUGAACAAUGCCCUUAAAGCGAAUUUAAAAAGGGAGAUUGGAAUCCCAAAAGAAGGAGGAAUGGGGACGUAUUUGGGGCUACCUGAGACAAUAUGCGGUUCCAAGCAACAGGUUUUUGCCUUUGUACAGGACAGGUUAAAUGCUAGGAUAAAUUCCUGGUCGGCAAAAUUCCUUUCAAAGGGUGGUAGAGAAAUUCUGAUAAAGUCCAUUGCACAAGCCUUACCAACAUAUCUCAUGUUCUGCUUCCUCCUACCGAAACAAAUUGUUAACAAACUUAGAGGAGCAAUUGCUAGAUUCUGGUGGAGCACAAAAAACAAUAAAAAAGGCCUGCACUGGGUGGCGUGGGAUAAAAUCAGCGUUCCUUUGGAGCAAGGGGGGCUUGGUUUUCGGGAUCUAAAGGAGUUAAACUUGGCUCUACUCACUAAACAGCUCUGGAGGCUUCUAUGUUACAAUGAAUCUCUCCUCUCUCGAGUACUAAAUGGGCGUUACUUUAGGUACUCAAACCCCAUGGAUGUAAAAAAAGCAAAUUCCCCAUCAUUUGGGUGGCGAAGCAUGAUGUCCGCUAAACCUUUACUCCAGCAAGGUCUAAGGAAAAACAUUCGUUCAGGAUUUAAUACGCGAGUAUGGUUGGAUAAUUGGAUCCCUACAAUACCAGAGAGACCAGCGAAAGAUCGAGGCACUGGCAGGGACCCAAACCUUUAUGUGAACCACCUGAUUGAUUUUGAGUCAAAGACUUGGAAAAUGGACAAGAUAAUCGAAUUGGUGGACCCGAUGGAUAUUCCUCUUAUAACUGGUCUCCAGCCUAGCAGGAGGUUUAUGGAUGAUUAUGUUUGGUGUUACACAAAGUCAGGAAAAUACACAGUCAGAUCGGAAUAUGCUAUUGCUACAAAAUCUAGCCACGAGGUCUUAGAACCUAGCACUACCAAACUAAAGAGUCAUGUCUAG